GGUGAAGUGAAGUUUACUUGUAGCCAUUUAGCAGUAUCGCUCUAGCUAGCGAAAUGUCUUCUGUAUUAAGGCACGCUAUUAAAUCCACUUCUUCUGGAUUCUUAUCACUAUUGCCUGGAACCUGCAAUCAUGGGAAAACAUUUGCUUUGCCAUACUUUGUAUCUAAAAACAGAUUUUCAUCAUCUACAAAAAUUAAAGUGGACCUGGACAGUAGUAAUGGUGUUGCUGUAAUGCAUUUCCAGAGCCCUCCAGUCAAUAGUCUCAGUCUGGAUUUUCUGACUGAGUUUACCAUUAGUUUAGAAAAACUUGAGCUGGACAGAAGCUGCAGGGGUGUGAUCAUAACUUCUACCCAGCCAAAGGUGUUUUCUGCUGGUCUAGACAUUAUGGAAAUGUAUCAAAAGAACCCAGAACACUGUGCAGAAUUCUGGAAGGCUGUACAGGAAAUGUGGCUUAAGCUUUAUGGAUCCAACAAGGUCACCAUUGCUGCUAUCAAUGGCUCCAGUCCUGCAGGUGGCUGUUUGUUGGCUAUGUGUUGUGACUACAGGAUAAUGGCCAAUAACCCCCAUUAUUGCAUUGGCCUCAAUGAAACACAGCUUGGCAUUGUAGCACCUUUUUGGUUUAAGGACACCAUGACAAACACUGUGGGACAUAGAGAAACCGAGAAGGGUCUUCAGCUUGGUAUGUUGUACAGUACUCCUGAAGCCCUGAAGAUUGGUCUGGUGGAUCAGCUUGUUCCUGAGGAUAAAGUUCUCAGCACAGCCACUGAGACCAUGACCAAAUGGUUGGCCAUCCCAGAUCAUGCCCGUCAGAUAAGUAAGUCCAUGAUGAGAAAGCCCACAAUAGAUAAACUUCUUGCAAACAGAGAAGCCGAUACCAAAAACUUUGUAAGUUUUAUCACCAAAGACUCCAUCCAGAAAUCUAUUGGCAUGUACUUGGAGAUGCUGAAGAAGAGGAAGUCUUGAUGAGCUGAAUUAGUUAAAGUUGGAUUAAUGUGUGUGUCUGUGAAUCACAUUGUGGUCUCCCUUGUAUUAAAAGAGGUUAUCUUGACA